CCGCCUCCCGCGUCUCGCAUCUCGCGCUGCGCGGCUCUGCCGCGCCCGGAGACAUGGAGGAGCGGGCCUAGGACUGCUUCAAGAACUGUUCUGCAUGCAGUCAGCUCAUGAGUCUUCAGUAUGAUCUUGAGCAACUUUGUAACUUGCUUCUUAUGCAGAACUGCCAUGAUUGUUUAAUUUAUCAAAAUUUAGUUUAUAUGAGAUGCUUGUCUGCUUCAAGAGGUGCCAUGUCAUGUUAGUUACUCACUAUUCAAAGGAGACUCUGCAAAGGAUUGUCAGUACUCUGGUGAACAAAAAUGAUGAAAUUCACAACUUCAUUGAUGUGCUGAACCAUACAAUAUCAAAUGUUCAGGUAAACUCUUCUAAUGCCAUCAGUGAGCUAGAUGAGGAAUUUGAUGGUCUGUAUUCUGUGCUGCAUGAGAUGAAGGGGAGCAUGGCCAACACUAUUCAGCAAGAAGAGGCUCGUAAAAUUCAAGCUCUGCAGGAUCAGCUGAGCCAGUGCAGCCGUGCCCUGGAAGGCUCGGAAGAGCUGCUGGAACUUGCUGUGCAGUCACUGGACAUUAAGAACCCCGUGGACCUCUUAGAGGCUGCCAGACAGAUCAAAGAUAGUGUCACGGUGGCUUCAGCAUUCCGCCUCUCUCUGAAACCAAAAGUCAGUGACAGUAUGACUCAUAUGAUGGUGGACUUCACCCUGGAAAAGCGCAUGCUCCAAGCUGUGAAGUUUUUGCCAGUCCCUAAAGCUCCAGAGAUAGAUGUAGCAGCAUGUCUGGUUGCUGACAACUGCAUAACAAUAUCAUGGAGAAUGCCUGAGGAGGACAGCAGAAUUGAUCAUUUUGUGCUGGAGUAUAGGAAAACCAACUUUGAUGGGCUCCCUCGAAUGAAAGGGGAACAGCACUGGGAGGUGGUUGACUACAUUAAAGCUACUCAGUACACGUUAUCAGGUCUGAAAUUUGAUACAAAAUACAUGAACCUUAGAGUACAAGCUUGCAACAAAGCUGUGGCAGGUGAAUACUCUGACCCUGUGACUCUGGAAACCAAAGCAUUUGUGUUCAGUUUGGACAGUACUUCAUCUCACCUGAACUUGAAAGUUGAAGACACUUAUGUUGAAUGGGAUCCUACUGGAGGCAAAGUCCAAGAAAAAAUAAAAGGGAAGGAAAAUAAAAACAGAAGCAACAUAGCAUCUCCGAAGAGAUCCACUAACAGCCCAAGAACCUCGGCGAGGGGUGGCCGGGAUCGCUUUGCUGGUGAAUCCUACACAGUGCUGGGAGACACUGCUGUUGAAAGUGGACAGCAUUACUGGGAAGUGAGAGCCCAGAAGGACUGCAAAUCCUACAGCGUGGGAGUAACGUACAGAAACCCAGGGAAGUUUGACCAGCUGGGAAAGACUAAUUCCAGCUGGUGCAUCCAUGUCAACAACUGGCUGCAAACCACAUUCUCAGCAAAGCAUAACAAUAAAGCAAAGACUCUAGAUAUGCCUGUCCCAGACAGAAUAGGAAUAUACUGCGACUUUGAUGGAGGUCAGCUUUCAUUUUAUAAUGCCAGCUCAAAGGCGUUGUUACACACCUUCAGAACAAAGUUUACCCAGCCAUUGCUACCAGGUUUCAUGAUCUGGUGUGGUGGGCUCACAGUGAGUACUGGAUUGCAGGUGCCAAGUGCUGUGAAAACUCUUCAGAAGAGUGAAAAUGGAUUGGGUGGUUCAACAAGCAGCCUAAAUAAUGUUGCCUAGUAAUACCUGUUCAACAUUUCUACUGAUGAAUGUUUUUGUUUUUC